GAACCAUAAACAAAUAGACGCAGAAACCUUUCAGGAGCUCCUGAAAUAUGGACAGUUAUAUCGAUUAUAUUAAGUGCGGAGAGGUCCUUAUAGCGCCAUCCUUGGAUAAGAAUGAUCAGUAUAUCUUAAAGUGCAUAGAAUGUAAUGAAUGCUUUUCCGACAUCUCGGAACAUGUCGCCCAUUGCAUGGGCCAUUACACACAGGGCACAGAAUCCGAAGACAAUCACUCUAUACCUGAUAUAAUUGAUAUGUUCGAGAAUGAUGAAGUCGAAGAGCAUGAAAUUGACUUAGUAAGUGGACAGGAUGAAUCUGUUACAAUUAAGUAUGAAUAUUUAUCGGAGGCGGAGCUUGAGGAAGAAAUGGAUCAGGUUUCAUUCGUUGACAUUGGGGAGUUGGUGCUGGAUGAAAGUGAUGACACACAAAACAAAAGCUUAACAUUGGAAAGCGAAACUCAAAGGGAUGAAACCAACUUUUCUGAAAUGCCAGAGUCAGACGAAGAGGCCAUGGACGGUUCGGUAGAUAGUAAGACAUCUAGAUACUUACGCGACUUUAUGAACACCGAGAUAUAUGUUAAGACAAUCAUACAAGCCUAUAAAAUGCAACCAUUUCUAUGGAACAGCAACAAUCCUUCCGAAAUCAGAGCAAAAGAGAGACCCAAGUGUUUGCAAAAAAUUGCCGAUGAAAUGAAAUCGAAAUUAAAUUUGUCCAUGUCCCGAAAAGAAGUGGCAGCUGUUAUUGCACGUCUCAGGCAUGACUACAGAGAAAGACAAAAGCGUUUAGCCGACUGUGGCCCAGAUGGCAAAACAAAGGUAGCGCGUUCAACAAUACUAGAAAGUAUGGAUUUCUUAGAACCGUUUAUGGAAAACAGAUCCAUCUAUAAUCUGGAUCCAUGCCUCCCUCCAUUGACGACAGAUGAAAUUUUACAAAUUCUUGAUAUUUAUGAGCAAUUACCAGUACUUUGGAAUACUGAUCUAAUAGAGAAUGUUUGCACCAACAAGCGGCUUGAAUCGCUAACCCAAAUGCAAAAACUUAUGAAAUCGGAACUGGGUUUAGCAGUUACUGUAAGCACACUGAAAAAAUACACAAAUUGCAUUCAUUUGUUUUUCUCAAGAGAAAAACGAAAACAUUUGACGGGAGUGACUUCCAAUGCGGAAAGCACUGAACUAUACAGACAAAUGAAAUUUCUCUCUAAUCAUGUUGGUCCAUUUAAAUGCUUCCAGUGUCGGCGAGCUUUCCAAAAUCCACUAAAUCUUAAAGUACAUUUGUCGGAACAUAAUGGUACAAUGCCUCUAAAGUGUUCGCUAUGUGACAAGGAAUAUAGAACAACCGAUGCUUACAUGGCCCAUGCCAGGAGACACAUGAACGAUCUGAAAAACGAGUGCAAAGAAUGUGGUAAGAAGUUCUCAAGACCCGCCGACCUAGAAAUUCAUCAGAGAUGUCACACUGGAGCCAAGCCUUACUGUUGUGAAGUUUGUGGUGUCUCAUUUCGUCACAGUCAAGCUUUUACAACCCACAAAAGACGUCAUAAGAAACAAUACAUGCAUCAUUGUCCCGUCUGCCUAAAAGGAUUUUAUAAAAAAGACCAAAUGAACAAUCAUGUAAAAACGCACACUGACAUACGGGAUAUCAAUUGUAAAAUCUGCGGCAAAGGAUUCAAGACAAAGAAAACAAUGCGCCAACAUCUUUUCACACACGAAGAAGGACGAAAACAUCCCUGCGAUCAAUGUGGCAAAACAUUCAAAAACAAGCUAGGAUUAAGCCAACACAUUAAAAUACACCGCAAACAUGAUCUACUUGACAUGGAACUGAGUUACCGGAAAGUACCCAUUAUUUAUGCAGUGAUUAAAUAUGCAAAGGACUCCAAGUCCUUCAAAUCUACGGUGGUUUCGAGCCGUUGUCUCUUGGUGGCAUUUAUGCUUGUUGUCGCUGUUGCAUUGUUGGUAAAUAUUGCAGUCGUUGCUUGCUGUGAAGUUGAUGCCUCCUCCUCCACUGCAUCAGAGUCCAUCUCGUUGGGAGAAAAACCAGGCAUCAUAUUUGCAAAACCUUGCAGUAAAACUAUGGAAGACGAUUUAGACACUGUAAGCUACAUUAGUUGUGGCGAGAUCUUGGUAGCCCACUCUUUAAGUAACAAGGAGGAAUAUUUUCUAAAAUGCAACAAUUGCGAUGAAGGAUUUUCACUGUUAGAAGAUUUCAUUACGCAUCAUCAGUAUUAUCAUAGCGAUGUCAAAUCUGAACUCGACGAAGAUGAUAUGGGAAAUAUUCCCCAAAUUGAGAUUUACGAUGGAGACAUUAUAAAGGUGGAUAAAGAAGAGGAUAUAGUUCAUGAAAAGGUAGAAUAUCUAGACGACCAAGACAGCGAGUUCGGCGAACAAGAUGUGGAUUAUAAACCAGAUGCCUGUCAGAUUAAGGAACAAUGCAAAGAGGAAGACAUCGAGAUUUGUGAAGAUAAUAUAGGCGAAGUAAGUGAUGAUGAAAAGUUCGAUUUCGAACACAGUGAAUAUCAAGAUGAUGUCCACAAAGAAAGCGAUGAAGAAAAAAAUGAACCACAGGAGGACGACAUUGAUACUGCCGCUGAUGACGAUGAGGAUCCAUUAGACGAACCUAUGCUGCAUGAUGGUGAAGAUGACAAAGCCGAUGAUGGUCUUGAUGAUGGCGAAGAUAACACAAGUCAAACUUACGCGCUCGAUGACAACGCUGGAUAUUCGGAUUCUGAUGGAGAGUUUGAACCACCUGAAGAUAGCAAAUCAAGACAGUUUGUUAGCGAGUUUCUAAAAUCGGAGCGAAACUUUAUAGCAUUUGUGGCUGCCUACAAAAACCAACCUCGUUUGUGGAAUCAUAAAAUCUACUCCAAAAAAUUUAAAUCCAAAAAGGAACGCGAUAGUUUUCUACAAAAAGUUGCCAAUGAAAUCAAAAGCCGUCUCAACAUACAUAUGACAUGCGACAAUGUUUCUGGCAUAAUAAAGCGCAUACGGCAAGAUUAUAGAGAAAAACUUAAACGCUCUAGACCAGAAGAUCAUGACCAUAAAGCCCCAAGGACCACUAAUUCAAGGCUUAGUUUCCUUGAUCCAUUCAUUGAUUACUAUUCUAUCGUUAAACUAGACACUCAUCGCGGUUAUUUGAAGAACGAUCAAAUUUUGGACAUUCUUUGUAUAUAUAAAAGAUACCCCGCACUUUGGAACUCAACAUUAAUGGAAUAUGUUUGCACAAACAAAAGAACGGAAGCCUUGAAGCAAAUGACUGAAGCCAUACGAACGGAAGUUGGAAUAGAAGUUAAUGAAAGUGCUUUAAAGAAGUACCUUAUGGGUGUGCACAGUCACUACUCCAAAGAAAAACAAAAUCAUAUGCUUAAAAAGGGCGGCACGAAAAGUAUAUAUUUUCCUCAUAUGAGAUUUCUUCAUGAACACGUAGGACCUUUUUGCUGUUCCAAGUGUGGGCGAAAACAUAGGAACCCCUUACAAUUCAAAGUUCAUCAAUAUCACAAUCACGGUGGACCCCCACCCUUGAAAUGUGCGGAAUGUAAUAAAGAAUAUGAACAGUUGGAACCUUACGUUGCUCAUAUUAGAAGACAUAUGAAUGACCUGAGUGAUAAAUGUAAGGUUUGCGGGAAAAUGUUUAUGAGAGCUGCAGAUGUACGAAUUCAUAUGCGUACUCACACCGGUGCUAAACCUUAUUUCUGUGAAAUAUGUGGUUCUUCAUUUACCAUGCCCUCGUCUCUCAAGGAACAUAAAAGACGCCACGACAAAUUGUAUAAAGUGUUUUGUGAGUACGAUAUUCAUUUACUUGAAAAGGCCUAUUAUCGAAUGUACUUUCACGGAGAAUGUAAACCACCUUUAAUAUUUACGAAAAAUUGCAAUACCAUGGACUACAAUUUGGAAACAUUUACUAUUUGUGGCGAAAUAUUAAAAAAUAAAACAGAAUAUAUUCUGAAAUGUAACGAUUGCGAUGAAGACUUCAUUCUCCUCGAGGAUUUCAUAAUACAUCAUAUUGAUUUACACACACCACAAGAUAAGAACGUUGAGAACCCUGGAGAAGAUAAUGAAGAGGACUAUUUAGAUGGGAGUGAAUUUGUUUAUUGUGAAAAGGACAAUAGCUUACUAGAAUUAAAUAAUGAGGAUUCGAUUGCAACUUCUCAUAAAACAAAUGAACAACAAUAUAGUGAAGAUUUGUUUGAGGAAAUAGAAGAAAGUACAUGUGUGGAAGAAGAAAAGGACCAACUUUUAGAAACAAGGUCAAUUAUAGAUGUUGCUGAUAGCAUUCCUGAUGAUAGAGAGGACGAGAAUACCGACGAUUUGGAAUUUGUUGAAGAAGAGGAUCCACUAGAGGAACCAAUGGUAGGUGAUGCUGAUGAUGACAAAGCGGAUGAUGAAUAUGAUGACGGCGAUGAUAACUCAAGUCAAAACUACGAGCCUGACGACAACGCUGAGAAUUCGGACUCUGAUGUAGAGUUUGAAGCCACUGUAGAUAGAAAAUCAAGGCAGUUUGUAAACAAUUUUCUUAAGAUAGAGCGAAACUUCAUAGCAUUUGUGGCUGCCUACAAAAAUCAGCCUCGUUUGUGGAAUCUUGAAGCAUAUCCAAAAUUUAAAUCAAAAACAGAACGCGAUAGUUUCUUGCAAAAAGUGGCCAAUGAAAUCAAAAGCCACCUAAACAUACAUAUGACAUGCGACAAUGUUUCUGACGUAAUAGAGCGCAUAAGGCAUGAUUAUAAAGCAGAACUUAAAUGCUCUAGACCUCAUGAAAGUAAUGAACGUAAUGGAGCUCCAAGCUCUACUACUUCAAGGCUUAGUUUCCUUGAUCCAUUCCUAGACAACAAUUCUAUGGUUAAACUAGACACACAACGUGGAAACUUGAAGAAGGAUCAAAUUUUGGACAUCCUGCGUAUAUAUAAAAGAUUUCCCUCUCUUUGGGACACAUCAUUAAUGGAAUAUGUGUGCACAAACAAAAGAACCGAAGCCUUGAAAGAAAUGACUGAAGCUGUACGAACGGAAGUUGGCUUGAACCUUGAUGAAGAUGCUUUAAAAAAUUAUCUUUUGGGUGUACACAAUCACUUCUUCAAAGAAAAACAAAAUCAUAUGUCCAAAAAAGGCAGCACGAAAAGUAUAUAUUUUCCUCAUAUGAGUUUUCUUCAUGAUCAUGUCGGACCUUUUUGCUGUUCCAAGUGUGGCCGAAAACAAAGGAAUCCCUUGCAAUUCAAACUUCAUAAAUAUCACAAUCAUGGAGCCUCACCCUUAAAAUGUCCCGAAUGCAAAAAAGAAUAUGAAAAGUUAGAGCCUUAUAUUGCUCAUAUUAGAAGACAUAUGAAUGAUAUGAGUGAUAAGUGUAAGUUAUGCGGAAAAAUGUUCAUAAGAGCUGCAGAUCUAAGAAUUCACAUGCGCAGCCACACCGGCGCCAAACCUUACAUUUGUGAAAUAUGUGGUUCUUCAUUUACCAUGCCAAAUUCUCUUAAAUUGCAUAGAAUGCGCCAUGAAAAUAUAAAAAAUGUAUUUUGUGAGAUCUGCUCCAAAGGAUUUUCUACCAGUACAAGAUUAGCAGCUCACAUGGUCACACAUUCCGAUGAACGAAAUUUUGCUUGUAAAACCUGUGGAAAGGCUUACAAGAGCAAGAAAACCUUGCAGGCUCAUAUACACACACACGAAGAGGGUCGAAACUACCCAUGUCCACAGUGUGGCAAAAUGUAUAAGAAUCGAAUAGGGGUAUUACAGCAUCUAAGGACACACCGCAGCACUGGUGUAACAAAAUCGAAUCCAUUUAUAAAGCAAUGAAUAUAAUUUAUAGAAUACAAAUGUUUCUUUAUUUGCUUAUUAUGGUUUUGUGUUUCUUCAUGUCAUUAUGAGCUAAAACAAGCACUAAGCGUACAUUUCCAUAUAAUAACUUUCAUAUGUAUUGUAAAUAGGGCCUCUGAUUGAUACAUUGUUUAUUCUUUUAACCAAAUAAAUACUAUAAGCAACAAGUUUACGAUUUAAGCAUGGUACUCUGUUCUUUUAAGCAGGGCUUUCUUUCCAACUUUCGGAAUAGUUGUGAACAACUUCAACAAUAUAUCGUAAUUUAAUUAAACUUAUUUAAAACAAUGUCAUCAUACUACACUAGGAUAAAUUGUGUCUUAUUGUUUUUUUUUAAUACUUUGACUAAAAAAAGCCUUUACAUUUUUCACACACUUUUCAUUUCUAAUUUUUUUCUAUGGAGUUGACAGUUGUUCACGUGAAACGAUGAAUAGAAUACCAGCCCUUAAGCUUAUUUUUUUACAUAAGAAACGAGUAUUUUUAUUUUAAACAUUUUUCAUCUUCAUCUUUUUUGAGUUUGACAGUUUAUGUGAAAACACGAAGAGUACCAAUCUUAAUACAUUAACUUUAUUGAUUUGUUGUAUAGUAAUGAAUAAAAACUAUCAAAAAUUAUGUGUGAGUGUAGAAAAUAAUUGGUUUAUAGAAAAUGAAACAGGAGUUUCUUUUAUUUCAAUAAAAAAAAUAAUAUUGUAA